AUGGCUGCCAGCCGCUCAGAGUCUGGGUUGCCAUCCCAGGCAAACCUACGGAUCACAAUCAUCGCAGCUGACGGUCUGUACAAGAGAGAUGUAUUCCGCUUCCCGGAUCCUUUCGCUGUUGCUACCAUCAAUGGCGAGCAGACUAAAACGACUACGGUGUCGAAGCGGACGCUGAAUCCCUACUGGAAUGAAAGUUUUGACUUUCGGGCCAACGAAGACAGCAUUCUGGCAGUCCAGGUUUUUGACCAGAAGAAGUUCAAAAAGAAGGACCAAGGCUUCCUGGGUGUCAUCAACAUUCGCGUUGGUGACGUUAUCGAGCUGGCUGAUGGUGCUGAUGACCAGAUGCUUACACGGGAUCUUAAGAAGUCCACCGAUAACCUGGUGGUCCAUGGUAAGCUCAUUAUCAACUUGUCGACCAACUUGACGACUCCGGCGCGGCAACAACAGGGUCCCCCAGCCAACGGUGCCAGGCCAUCGCUAGCAACGCCCCAGGCGUCAAGCUUGAGCGACCGCCAUGCAGACCGGCCGACCUCAUCAGGACCUAGCAAUCUUGCUCCGGGAAGCCAGACAAACCUGCCUGUGCGACCUAAUAGCGUCACGGCAGCACCAGCCCCGGGCCACGGCAACAGCAGCACACAGCAGCAACCGAGAACCAGUAGUCAGAUGAGUCCGUUUGAAGAUUCUCAGGGUCGCUUGCCCGCUGGAUGGGAGCGUCGCGAGGACAAUCUUGGCAGAACGUACUAUGUUGAUCACAACACACGAACGACCAGCUGGAAUCGCCCUACUCAGGCAAGCAGUGGUGAGAACCGUGGUGAGCGUGAAGCUGCCACGCAGGUCGAACGCCAGCGUCACCAGAACCGCACACUCCCUGAAGAUCGCACGGGCACGAGCUCGCCUACUCUCCAGCAACAGCCUCCGCCUCAGCAACAAACCGCUGCCGCCGCCUCCGCCGCGGCUCAGGGCGCUAACUCGACAAUGAUGCACACGGGUGCAACAACUCCUGGUACGGGCGAGCUCCCUCCAGGGUGGGAACAACGAUGGACUCCCGAGGGCCGUCCCUACUUUGUGGACCACAACACGCGAACCACCACAUGGGUUGAUCCGCGCCGCCAGCAAUAUAUCAGAAUGUAUGGCGGGCAGAACAAUGCCAACGGGACCAUUCAACAGCAACCCGUUUCCCAGCUUGGCCCGCUCCCUAGCGGCUGGGAAAUGCGUCUCACCAACACAGCUCGUGUUUACUUCGUGGAUCACAAUACGAAGACGACUACAUGGGACGAUCCGCGCCUGCCGUCUUCGCUCGAUCAAAAUGUUCCACAAUACAAGCGAGACUUUAGAAGGAAGCUUAUUUACUUCCGCUCUCAGCCCGCCAUGCGUAUCCUGUCGGGCCAGUGCCACAUCAAGGUACGAAGAUCGCAUAUUUUCGAGGACUCUUUUGCCGAGAUUUCACGACAAUCUGCCACCGACCUGAAGAAGCGAUUGAUGAUAAAGUUUGAUGGCGAAGAUGGUUUGGAUUAUGGUGGUUUGUCCCGUGAAUUCUUCUUCCUGUUGUCGCAUGAAAUGUUUAAUCCAUUCUACUGUCUCUUCGAGUACUCCGCCCACGACAACUACACCCUUCAAAUCAACCCCCACUCGGGCAUCAACCCCGAGCAUCUCAACUACUUCAAGUUCAUUGGGCGCGUUGUAGGACUGGCCAUCUUCCAUCGGCGAUUCCUGGAUGCCUUCUUCAUUGGAGCCUUGUACAAGAUGGUGCUGGGCAAGCCUGUGUCACUACAGGACAUGGAGGGUGUGGAUGCAGAUUUCCACCGCAGCUUGCAGUGGAUGCUCGAUAACGACAUUUCCGGCGGUAUCCUUGAGCAGACAUUCUCUACAGAAGAUGAACGCUUCGGAGUCUUGACUGUGGAGGACUUGAAACCGGAUGGACGCAACAUCGAGGUCACCAAUGAGAACAAGAAGGAAUAUGUCGAGCUCAUGGUCAAGUGGCGUAUUGAGAAGCGCAUUGCGGAACAGUUUCAGGCAUUUAAGGACGGCUUCCAUGAACUCAUUCCACAGGACCUGGUGAAUGUGUUUGAUGAGCGCGAACUGGAAUUGUUGAUUGGCGGUAUCGCUGAGAUCGAUGUCGACGACUGGAAGAAACAUACGGACUACCGUGGAUACACCGAGAGCGACGAAGUCAUUCAAUUUUUCUGGCAAACCAUUCGAAGCUGGGACGGCGAGCAAAAGAGCAGGUUAUUGCAGUUCGCGACGGGCACUUCGCGUAUACCUGUCAAUGGUUUCAAGGACCUGCAGGGUAGCGAUGGCCCAAGGCGGUUUACUAUUGAGAAGGCUGGGGAAGUCGGUAACCUGCCAAAGGCACAUACUUGCUUCAAUCGUUUGGAUUUACCACCGUACAAGUCAUUGGAAGCGUUGCAACAAAAAUUGACCAUUGCUGUCGAGGAGACAAUGGGUUUCGGUCAAGAAUAG